AUGGCUUUGCUCCGCAGCGUCUCUGUCACAGAAGCUUUGGAUAUUGUCGACCGCGACGGAAGAAACUUCUUGCAUCUCGUGGCCAUUCAAGGCCUUGGAAAAAAGGCUCUAUGGCUAGGGGAGCAACUCAAAUCUGGCUUAGGUUCCCCCAAGCAGCCAGGGUUACUUUCGGCCCAAUCCGUCCAGCCAAAAACAUCCCCCGACCAUCCAAGCUCGUCUCCCGACAAUUCGGAACAACUGAAGUCCGCCAUAAGCACGAGGGACCGCGAUGGAAGAACACCGCUACACUUAGCCGUACUGAAGGGCCACAAGGAGCUGGUAAAGAUGUUCUUGGAGUGGGGUGCUGAUCCGAACGCGAAAGACAGCUCGCAAGGCACUGCAAUCCAUUUUGCUGCCCACUAUGAUCGCCAUGAAAUGAUCGGGCUGCUGGUUGACAAAGGUGCCCUUUUGAAACAUCACGCAAAUCUCUCGGCGUCGGAUGACAAAUGGUCAGCAUUGGCCUUUGCAUGUUCUUUCGGUCAUGUGGAAGCAGUGAAGUUCUUGCUGGAGCAGGGAAUCGAAGUCGACAGUCGCGAUCUCAUGCGCGAUACACCACUCCAUAACGCCGCGAGCGGGGGUCAUGAUUCGGUGAUACGACUGCUACUGGAGAAGGGCGCAGAAAUCCAGGCAGGAAACAAUGGUUUGGAAACUCCGCUGCAUAUGGCCUGUCUACACGCGAAGGAAGUAUCAACAGUUCGGAUAUUACUGGAGCACGGUGCCGACCCAAACGCACAUUCCUUGGGAACUCAGUGCACCACACCUCUCCACAUUGCUGCCCAAAACGAUAGCACCGAGAUCGUACGGCUCCUGUUGGAAAAAGGCGCCGAUCCUAACGCGAAGACGGAAAUGAUUGGAUGGGAUGCUCUGAGGCUAGCACAAUCGGUCGAGGUUUGCGAAAUCCUAAUAGUAGCCGGUGCCGACGUGAAGGCUAUCUCGAACAGUGGCUUUACUCAGCUGGCUCAAUCCGCCGGCAACCUCGGAAAAACAAAGCUUCUAGCGGACCAUGGCGUUGACUUCACGCGUACCGGGGGCCCCGGCAAUAAAGGCCCCAUCAGCUGGGCGGUUGCCGCGAACGACUUCUACAUGGCUCGGCUCGCGAUCGAGGCAGGCGAUGACAUCAAUCGAAAAGACACCGAGACCGGGGGCACGCCUCUUCAUGCUGCUGUCCAACGAAAGUUGUUUGGUAUGAUCAAGUUUUUGAUCAAGAAUGGGGCCGAUAAGAACGUGAAGAAUGACAACGGCGAAACGCCUUGGGACUUGAUCCGCACCGCCGUUUUUCUGGGCAAGCAUGGCUGGUCUGAUGAUAUCAUCCGACUAUUGCGGUAG